CAACUGUCAACCCAAGUUGCUGCGCUUUAAUAAUGAAAUCUGCUGUGUCCGACUGCCGCAUGAUCUGUGGAAAAAUAAUGUGAUUAAACCUGCCACGAGAAAUCAAAGAGAAUCCGAAUACGAUGGACAUCCAGGAUCAGGAUGCCAUGGCCAGAUGGGACGCGCUUGGCAGCCGCGAUGCGAGAUCCAGAGAUGCUGCAAUGGAGCACAUCAGCCAGGAGGUGAUGCGGAGAGUGGAGAGUAUAGGGCCGAUACCAGCCGCUGUUCCCUCUCCUCCAGCUACUGCAGGUCACCCCACCAGCGACCUGAACGACAUCCUGGCCCGUCUACUCAUGCUGUCCAAGCGGUGCCCCUUCGAUGAUGUCAGGGAGCGUUGCGUUUGGCUGCUACGGAAUGUCCAGGACUCAGGAGUACGGAUACCAAGACCACUGGGGAAUGGACCAAGUAGAUUUAUCCCUGAAAAAGAGAUCCUUCAAAUCAGUAAAGUAGAUCCGAGGACACAAUCGAUAUUCGAGGACGCAUUCGCUGCACUGGGUCGUCUUGACAACAUCUCCUUGGUGAUGGGCUUCCACCCACAGUACCUGGAGAGCUUCCUGAGGACACAGCACUACCUGCUGCAGAUGGACGGGCCCUUAUCCCUGCACUACCGCCACUACAUAGGCAUCAUGGCUGCGGCCAGACACCAGUGCUCCUACCUGGUCAACCUGCACGUCAACGACUUCCUCCAGGUGGGAGGGGACCCCAAGUGGCUGAACGGCCUGGACGGAGCCCCACAGAAGCUGCAGGCCCUCGGGGAGCUCAACAAGAUCCUGGCCCACCGGCCCUGGCUUCUUACCAAGGCACACAUCGAGCACCUGCUGAAGGCUGAAGAACACAGCUGGUCCCUGGCUGAGCUGAUCCAUGCUGUGGUGCUCCUCACACACUACCACUCCCUGGCCUCCUUUACCUUCGGCUGUGGCAUCACCCCUGAGAUCCACAGUGACGGGGGGCACACCUUCAGACCCCCCUCCGUCAGCCAGUACUGGGUCUGUGACAUCGCCAAUGACAAUGGGCACGGCAACGACCUGGAGGAGAAGAGAGGCAGCCACCAGGUGUCUGGUGAGGUGGAGGUGCUGAUGGAGAGAAUGAAGCUGCUGCAGGAGUGUCGUGAUGAAGAGGAGGCCAGUCAGGAGGAGAUGGCCACACGCUUCGAGAGGGAGAAGACUGAGAGCAUGCUGGUGGCCACAGCAGAGGACGAGGAGUGUGUGCCGUCCAGAGACGUGUCCAGGCACUUUGAAGACCCCAGCUACGGCUACAAGGACUUCUCCAGGAGAGGAGAACACGUACCCACCUUCAGAGUGCAGGACUACAGUUGGGAGGACCACGGCUACUCCCUGGUGAACCGUCUGUACCCUGACGUUGGUCAGCUGCUGGAUGAGAAGUUCCAGAUGGCCUACAACCUGACCUACAACACCAUGGCCAUGCACAAAGACGUGGACACCUCCAUGCUCCGCAGGGCUAUCUGGAACUACAUCCACUGCAUGUUCGGCAUCAGGUAUGACGACUAUGACUACGGGGAGAUCAACCAGCUGUUAGACCGCAGCUUUAAGGUCUAUAUUAAGACCAUGGUGUGCAGCCCGGAGAAGACCACCAAACGAAUGUACGAGAGCUUCUGGAGGCAGUUCCAGCACUCCGAGAAGGUCCAUGUAAAUCUGCUUCUUAUGGAAGCGCGUAUGCAGGCGGAACUGCUCUACGCUCUGAGAGCGAUCACCCGCUACAUGACAUGAAGUGCUUUUGGCAUUUAUCGUUCUCUUUUACUGUCGUUGCUCUCGUUGGACACUUCAAAAUAAAAAGAAAAAGAAGAAAUAAACCAAGAGAAAAUAAAUAGGAAGGGACAGAAAGGAGCCCCGUCUAUCACGACGAAGCUCGUCCUCGUGAUCGAUGGAAUGUAGAAAGAUGAACAGAACAAAAGAAAGAGAGAAAGGGGGGGGGGGAAACAAAUGAAAGAAAGAAAUAACUGCGAAAAAGAAUAAUCUGAACCCACUUGUGGAAAGAUAAGGUGUCCGUCGGUCCUCUUUGCCCGCAGUGCCAAAACUCACCAUGAGGAGGCAGCCUGGAGCAGACUCCCUCUGCCGGGAGUGUGUGCCGGGCCAGAGGACAGAAACAGAAGGCACAGGCCAACCUUCCAGGAUGAUGGCACUGAAAUCUCCUUAUAGUGUGAAAACCCACAGCAAUUCUCCAGAAAGAAAAGCAGUGUACCAGUCUGCACUCAAUAGGGGGGAGGGAGAGAGAAGGUGUUAUUAAGAGAAGGUGUUAUCAUGUGGUUGAUGAUCUUAUUGCGGUAACUGGAGAUGAUGAAAGCAUUAUUCGGGCUGUGUGGUAAAGUGUGCCUGAUUGAUAUCAUGCAGCACAGCACAGUGUUCAGAGGUGCUGCCUGAUACUGCUGCUUCUGUAAGCUAAUGUAAGCAUGGGGUCAUAUUGACUCCCCCACCCCCAACCCCCUAAGAACCCUAACCAUCCUAAACCCACAGCAUUAUAAACUGUUUGUGUAAGCUAACCCAAGGAGUGUGUGAAAACGGAAAGGUGUUGGAAAAACUAAAAAAGAACACUGUCUGAGCCCUAUUAAGUUUGACUGUACGUAUGAUGAACCCAUUCUGUAUGAGAGGCUGAUGUCUGUGACAAAUAUAAUGUGUGGAUGUGUGUGACUCCGUGUGUUUUACAGAAAAUAUAAAGAAAAAAAAGUUUUUCAAGCGUAAAAAAGAAGAAAGGGUGGCGCUUUGAAGGAUGAGACUUCUUGCUUCUGCUGUAGCUCUUUUUGUGUGGUGACUGUUAAAUCGCUGUUGUUUUGUUUCUGGUAGAAGCUUUGUCCUGUAAGGAAAAAAACAAGAAAGCCAAAACAAAAAACGUUUUUAUAAACCAGGUCUUCCAGGGGAUUGGCUUCCGGUUGUCAUAACGAUGACCUCACCUGUCUGUCUUCCGUUCACCUGCGACCUUUGACCCUGGCCUGAUCAUCCUAACAUUUUCAAAGCUUUGGAUUGUGAAUUUUACCAGUAAAUACCUCUUCUGUUUUCUCUUAUCACAUUAAGAAGUGCUCUUUGGCGAGCAGAAUUACUCUUUAUAUCUCUGGGUCACUUGGCUUCCAUUCGUAGGGAGACCGGUUGGUCCUCACUGGACUGACUGUGGUCGAUAAGGUCCGACCGCAGUCGGUCAUAGCUGUGCUUGUUCCCUCUGUGGAAGCCUAACCAGUGCAAAAGUAGCUUUUUUAUUUUUUAAGACGAGGGCAGACCCUCCACUGUUUUAUUUUUGUUGACUGAAAACGAGUAAAGUACUGCAUUCUUCUGAGGGUGGAUUGGGACAGUUGGACAGUUGAAUGAUUGUUUGACGUUAAGAGGAGGAGGAACAUGAGGAUGAUUAUGGAAUAGUACAUUAUUUGGAGAUGGUUGUGGUAGGAGGUUUCAUCAAACUUCUGACUGAUGUCAGUUACUGACACUUUAUUAAAGCAAUUAAAUAUAUAUUUUUUAUUGAAUCAUUUUGUAUCAUUUAGUCGUUUUCUCCCUAAAACUGUUUUUGCUGCAUCAGAAUUGUCAUAAUCAUUACAUAUCAACAUAGGUACACGUUGAAUCAUUCAUGGAACAAACCCACCAAAUUGUAGUCACAGCACACAUGUAUUAUCUGCAACCUGAACAAUGGACAUCUGAUCUCUAUCAAUUACAUUUUCCAAUGUAAGCUCAGUAAUGAUAUAGGAAAACAUUGACUAUUACAGAUACAUUUUGUACACUUUAAUGCAAUAAUGUCUCUCACACAUAAUGAAAUGUUUCGUACAACAGCGUAAGACUGUUAGGUAUGCGAGUCCAAAUCCUAGCAGUGUUUCAGUUUCCUGUGUGGAGUCAGUCCUCCCAUUCACACUACACUGAACUCAGUGGUUCGAUGUUUGCUUGUGUUAACGAUACGACCCAAACAGAACCACAAAUGGUCCUUCCUUGUCCAUGUGUGGUCAAGUCACAGUUGAACGUUACUCCCACAACUGUUUUGCUAAAACAUUUGGACCUGUCUGUAAUGUGCAGUGAGAUAAGAGGGGAAAUUCCCUCUAGGAUCACCUUUGAGCUUUGUUCUGCUCACUUACUUCUGUCCUCACUGGAAAAACUCCCUGGCAUGACCAGCUAUAGACUGAAUUCUUUGGAUGUUCAGGGACUUUUCCAUUAAGACAGAGGGUGACUUGGUCCAUUCAAUCACCAGCAGUGUAUCUACUGAACUGCCUCUAUUUUUGACUGACUAAUUUCCCUAUGACAAUCUGAAAAAGGAUGAGACUAUUAAACAAAUGAUGCUCUUAACACCUCCAUGAUCAGCCAGCUACCUGUUUCAUAUCAACCCAGACGGACAAGCAUCUAUCAUGUGGAGAACAAUGUUUGUCAUUGAAUAUGCCUGACGAAAUGCUAUUGGGUUGUCUCGUGUGUUGUGUGAUGACAUCACUAAACGCUUUAAUUUUGUGUAGUAGGAUAAGGAAGUGGGGAACUGAGGAGGGUUUUUUACAGAAGUGCCGUUUUUUUUAUUUGUUGUUUGAUGUGAUGAUAAUAACAAUGUGAUUUGAAAACGCUGUCCUUUACUCUGUGUAACUUUGCAGCAGCACUGCCUGGUCCAUAUUUGUGUAACAAUAAAGGCUUUGAGGAGAAAGUUUACGACA